AUGGUGAAUCAAGUUGCAGGUGACUGCCCUCAGGAAGUCAAUCGAUCAAUCAACAAGUUGAGCUGGACCACUGACAUCGAUCAUGAAUUCAUCCAAGCGCGGGAUCGUGCGCUGCAUCCAGGCCAGCCCCGUGACGAGGACACGCAGCCCGCUGAACAGCAUGUAGGGAAGGAGACCGGGUCGGCCCAGCUCAAGCACGUCGCACACCUCGUGCCCAUUUAUGCAUCUGCUUCCCGCCUCGAUGAACUGCCGCGAGAUAUUAAUCGGCGGAGGCAAGCUCUUCUCAACGCAGUGGACAAAGUUAUUUGCCACGAUCUUGGACGUCUCCGUCAGGCGCAGCUCGUGGAGAAACAAGCUCUCCAUUGUUGGCUUUGCCUUCUCCGCGCUCGCGAAGUAGGAAGUCGGCGUGCCGAGCAGGUAGGCGAUGUACCGGAACAGGGCGACGUAGUCCUCGAUCUCGCUGCUCUGGGGGCUAAUUCCCAGCUUGGGAAGCUGCAGCCACAUGGGGUUGCAGCAGAACGUGCUGAUCGAAUGGAUACAGUCCAGCGUGUUGAUGGGUAUCCCAAACCGGUCGACCUUGAAAUAUUCUGGAUGGCGAUGGGCCGGCUGGAGGAUGCGCUGGCGGACAGAGGCAUGGAGGAGACGCACGCAGAUUGUGGAAAUGUGACCCUCACCACCAGGUCGGAUGGAAGCAAGAUCAUGGGUGACCUGAAGCAGCCACUGAAAGGUCUCCAGGAGCCUGCCCCAGAGGAAGCGAGUGGAAAAUCCGCCAGUCCGGACCAGCACCUCGACCACGCCCGAAGAAGCCUACACGAUCGUCAGUCCCGAGUCAGUUUGGUCGCGAGUAGUAAAGGUCUAACUAACCGAGUUCUCGCAGAUGAAGCCCUGAAGAGCAAACCCGACGAUGUUCGCUACCGCGUAGCGGUAGAAGAAUCUCUGGCCGCGCGCGAAUCUGGUCUCAGUCGACCCAGUCGGGGACGCAAUGGACCUCAUCCCAGAAACGCAUCAGCAGCUCGUCUUCGGUGUGGUGAUCACGGAGGAUUGCAAAUAGAUCGAGAUCGAGGUCUUUAUUCAGCUUCUCCCCUUUUCCUUCAGAAGCAGCUUCUCUGGCGGCUUUUCUGGUGGUUCUGA